CCAUAUGUAAAUAGGAUACGAGCAUCUUGUUUGUCGGAUUGUUUGUAUCAACAUUUGAUCUAUGAGCCUUUGGUAAAAUGAUUUGGUUCAAUGGAACUAUACCUCAAGCAAUUGCAGAGUCAAGAAGGAUUGGUUCGUUGUUUAUUGUUUAUAUAAAAGGAGAUGAUGAGAUUUCGAACAACAUGGAUGCUUUAUGGGAAAAUGAAGAGGUAAAACAAGUCUGUCUCUCUGAUUGCACAUCCAUUCGACUGUUUGCUGAAAGCAAUGAAUUAAAGCAAUUUGCACUCAUUUAUCCAGUUGUUUGUAUACCUUGUGUGUAUUGUCUUGAUGGUGCUGGUACUCCACAAGAAGUUAUUGCUGUAUCAUUACCUCCAGGAGAAUUCUUGCAGAAAAUAAAGCAAGCUAUCGAGAGACAUCGAAAUACAUUUCCUAAAUUAGAAAAUGAUAGUCCCAGACAAGAAGAAACGUCUUCAUCUCAGUCAUGUUCAUCGUCUUCAACACCCGAAGCAUCAACUAGCAGAGAGGUAACUGGGGAAAGAAGCGAAGUUACACAUGACAUUAAUGAAAGAGUUGCCAGAGCGAAGAAAUUGAUUGAAGAAAAAAAGAAGGAAAGGGCCGAAAAAGAAAAAGAGGAUGCUCAUCGAAAAGAAGUGGAACGGAGAAAAGACGGUAAGAUAAUGUCUAAGGCAAAGAUAGACAGAGAGCAAAUGCUCGCACAGCAAAUGGCUGACAGGAUAAAAAAUGAGAAAGCAAAAGACAAAGCUGCGAAGGAUGCUAUACGUCAAAAAAUAGCUCAAGAUAAAGCAGAUAGAGCUGCAAGAGAAGAAGUACAACGACAGGAACGUCGUCAAAUAGCUGCUAGGAUCGAUCCAAGCCCUGCAAAUUCUAAUUAUGGCAAGCUUCGGUCAUGUUCUGAAGUUCGUAUACAGUUUCGUUUACCCGAUGGAAGUUCUGUGACUCAAAAUUUUCCUGCAGACACUCUUUUGGAUGGCGCAAGAGAAUUCAUUCGCUCGCGUAUGGAUGUCAGAAAUCAGAUAUCGUUUUGGACAACGUUUCCACGCAAGCAUCUCGGAGAGGAUGAUUUUCACAAAACUCUUGUAGAUCUGGAUUUAGCUCCAAGCGCUGCUUUGAUCGUCGACUUGACAUCAAAAACCCACAGUGAUGUUUCUAACUCAUCUGGCAACAAUUCAUCUUUGACAUGGAUCUUUACGCUUAUUAUGGCUCCGUUCUUAGCCUUAAUAUCAUUUUUUAAAUUUCUUUUGAAUUCAUCACCACGAGCACAACACCAGCCGGAGAGCACUCGCCCAACAAUCAGUGAAGACUCUAAUCCGUCGUCUUCUUCACUCGGCUCGAAUGCACGAAGGAGAAUAACGAGAGAAAAUGAAAACCGUUUUAAGAAAGAUGGAAAGAUUCAUUCAUUUCAACAAGAUGAUAAAGAUGACGAUGAAAAUAACACUUGGAACGGAAACUCUACACAACAAAUGUGAUUUCAAUGUCGUAAAUAAACAUUAAUAUGGAAUAAAUGAUUAAAUAAUAAUUAUUUCGCUGUCAGA